UCUGCUACUCUCUCCCUUUUUCUCUCUCAUCCCUUCAUUUCUCCCCCACUUGAUUGUCUUUGUUUUAAUUCUAUUCGUUCUAGGGUUUGAAAUUCUGGGUUUAAUUUACUUACUCUUGAAAAUUCAGCGAAUUUUUAGUUUGAUCAAUUAUCAUACUUUAUUUUUCUUUGUUUCUUGUUAUCUUUGUUGUACUCUAUGGCUGGUCUGAACUUAGGUUCUUCUCACUUCGUUUCUCAGCUUCACAGGGCUGAUCUACACCUCCAAAGGCCACAGGACACCGUCGAGGAUGACAACAAUCAAAACCCAUUUUCCGGCGAAAAUGAUAAUGAUACUAUCCAUCAUCAGGGCUUUGAGCUUGAUACAUCGAAUACAAGUUCAGGAGGUGAUGUGGUGGGGCGUAGACAAAGAGGCCGGCCUCCAGGUUCUAAGAAUAAGCUAAAACCGCCUGUGAUUAUAACCCAAGAAAGCGCAAACACGCUUCGUGCACAUAUACUGGAGGUUGGCAAUGGCUGUGAUGUGUUCGAGGCCGUGGCAACCUACUCAAGGAAGAAGCAGAAAGGGAUUUGUAUAUUGAGCGGAACAGGCACAGUCAAUAACGUAAGCUUAAGGCAGCCUACCGCGGUCGGUUCAGUGGUGGUUCUGCAGGGAAAAUUCGAGAUAUUAUCCUUGUCUGGCUCUUUCUUGCCGCCACCAGCGCCGCCUGGAGCCACCAGUUUGACAAUAUAUUUGUCAGGUGGACAAGGCCAGGUUGUUGGAGGGAGUGUUGUGGGUGCUUUGAUUGCUUCAGGACCGGUUAUUAUCAUUGCGGCCUCGUUCAAUAACGUGGCGUAUGAGAGAUUGCCCUUGGAGGAAAACGAGGUGGUCCAGAUGCAGCCACCUCCGCCGUCCACUGGCGGUGGAGCAGGUUUUGGCAACCAAUUUUCUGAUCCAUCUUCAGGGCUUCCUUUCUUGAAUUUACCAAUGAAUAUGCCUAAUGGCCACCUGCCAAUAAAUGGUGCAUGGAAUGGAAAUUCAACUGGCAGGGGACAAUAUUUAGGUUAAAAAAGAAGAACAUAUUUAUGAACAAUUUACUUGAAUGGUUCCUACCAGUCAGGGUAUUAUUAAGCUGCAAGUUGAUCGGAGGUAAGAUCUUACGUCCCCUCCUAAAUUUUUAUUUUUAUUUUUUUAAGAAUGAAUAAAUAUUUCACCCUUGGGGUGGUCUCAGAAGAAAAAAAGAAGAAGAAGAAGGAAAAAACUGCUUGUUAUUUCUAACAACUCACCAUCUUCGUGUUUUGCCACGAACUUUUGCUUUGAGACUCUGUAAAAAAUUGCUUCCUCGAUUUGUCUCCCUUACUCAUCUAGCAAUACCUAUAGCAAAAAAGGGCGUUUGGUUUUUUUUCUCCUGCGCCAUUAAUACCUAAGUCAUUAUAGAAGCAAUGAUUUUUUAUUUUUAUUUUUUUAAAUGUAAUUGAAUGGGAGAUUUUAACAGUAUAUUGUAUGUACUUUCAUCCUUUUUGAAGAGUAGACUCUAUUUAUUAUAUUUAGUUAUCAAAAGUCUUGUUUGAGAGUUUUGUUCGAAUUGAUUGGAUACCAAUUUGAAUUGAAUUUAGCAAUGGACAAGAUUUUGUGAUGGAAUUCUGUCCAUAUAUCAAUUGUCAUCUUCAUUUGCUAAUGGAUCUGAUUUAGCCUGGUGGAUUUUUUUAUCUAUAUUCAUUCACAUAUUUAGAAAUGUUAUAAUGAACACUAAUGUUCAUCUUAUAUUAAGAAUCAGUGACUGUCAUAUAUCAAUCAAAACUUCAUCCAUCAUUGAAUUAAUAUAACACAUUAUCGAUGUUGAACAUAAGAUGAGCAUCGAUAUUAAUUAGAUCAUUCCUAUUAACAUAUUAGACUCGAUAUUAAUCCAUCAUUUUAUGUAUAAGUUGAAUUCAUUUUCUCAUCAAAACUUGACACAUUAAAUUGUAGAAAUAAGUGAUGAAAUUUUAUAAACUUUAGUGAAUUUUCAAAAUGCAUUAAAAAUUAAAUUGAGGAUACCCUAAAAUGUUCACGGAUUCAAGUGGCACGAGGGGCCUAUUAUACCUCCAUAAAGAAGGGAUACGAGGGAGAUUCUACACCGAUUGGCAUAUCGAGCUCUAGGUAUGCACAAAAAAAUUGUGAAACUACAAAUCGAAUCAAAACAA